CUCUAGAGGGCUCAGAAAAUUACAAAGACUGGAAGAGAAUCAAAGCAUUGUAAGAAGCAUACCGGUUCAGGGCCAACAAACAAGUAUACUUCCCUUUAUUUAGCACAUGACACAGCACUCAACAUGUGGACUUUGUUACUUGUAGUAUUUGCUUCUGGAUCACCAGCUCUACUUCAAGCAGCACCGUUUCAGGGUUCCAAUGGCAGAUGCAGUUUUGCCGGUGUUUCCCUUUUUGAGGGAACCAGCCAUUACUCUCUUACUUUCCAACAAGCUCUGGAAUUGUGUCGGAGGUUUGAUUACGGACUCGCAACACGGGAACAGGUCAAUGAUGCUUAUAAAAAAGGCUUGAGAACAUGCAGAUAUGGCUGGAUAGAUGGGCAAAACGUCAUGUUCCUCCCACACGUUAAUGGUCCAAACUGUGACUCCAGUUCCACCGAGAUUACCUUCCAUCCUGAAACAGCAGGAUAUCUUUCUGAUGUCUACUGCUUUAACCCAUCAGCUGCAUCACUAAACUGUGAAGAUACUGGUAAAUCGAACUCUGAAGACUUAACCAAUGGAAACACAGCCACAGCAAAUAAAAAAUCGCAUGAAGACAUUCUUACUGAGGUCGAGACUGAAGGCUUUCUAGUAGAUGUGGAGCAGAUAAUGGGAAGAGUAAAACGAGAAACUUCUGUUCUGAAUGACAUGGAGGUCCCCAUGAAACCCUCAACUGUGCCUCCCUUGGAGGAAACCUCUGCAACAACACACAAGGAAGACAGCACGGGCCCUACAAGCAAGCCCCGUUUUGUGAAGAGCUCAUUCCCUGUUACCUCCCGUGUUUUGUUCUUUGAUACAGAGGGCAGUGGAUCAGCAUCAGAAAAUGACCCAUUGAUUAACGAUCCUGAGCAUAUUCAGUUAAUAACAACAACGAUUGCCACAGAGGCAACUCAGAGUACAGCCAUGGCAAAUGAAAUUGAGGAGCUUCCAAUUCUUCCAAACAAAGUUCGAAAAAUAGAUCUCAGUGACAAAGGUAAAUAUAUUAUUACAUAUCUGUCUUCUGAAGUCCCACAAAGUGGCCAAGUAAAGAAAGAUGGACUAUUUACCUGGCUGAUAAUCGUUGCAUUCUGUGUUGUUGUUGGAGUCAUAGUAUGCAUACUUGUUGCUAUUGCUAUGAGAGACAAGUUGUUCGGACAGAGACAGAGCAGAAACAUCACAACUGAAGUGCACAGCAAAGACUGCAGUAAAUCAGAAAAACUGCCUCUGUCAGAGAAAGAACAGGAGAUAGUGGCACUGAUGAGUGUUGCGAAGCUGAAGAAUGGUCAUAUCGAGGACAUUGCUCCCUGUCUGGAAGAGCGUGAGAAAGAGUAUUUAAUGUAAUGCUUUAAAUCCUGUGUAUUAAUAGGUUUGAACUCUUUUGUACUUUUUAUUUGCACUAGUGUUAUUUUUUUUUCUGCUCAGAGUCAGAUUUUUUAUGCAAUUUGUUUGUUUUUAUUGCUUCAGAAUUUAAAAAGAAAAAAAUGCUUCUUGUAUUUCAUGUCUUUUCUAAUAUAAAGUUAUUUUUCUUUUUCUUUUUCUCAGUAAUAAAUAAAUGCUUAUCUCUUACCGAAUGAUGGUUAAUAAUGAUAUGGUGAGAAAACAUUUUUAUACUGGGUUUCAUCUGUUCGUAAGUACUAUGUACUGUGUGAGGUAUGAAGCAUUUUUGAAUGCUAGACAUGGCUCGUUUUUUCUUUCUUUUUUUAUAUAUAUAAAUAGAGAAACCCAAGCAGUUUGUAAUGCAAUUAAGCAAUUGUAAAUCAUUUAAUUUGUUAAAUUACCCAUUAAGAUGUAUUUUGUCAGCUCUCCGAGCACAUUUAUGGUAGGAUGAGUCUUUCAAUAAAACAUGAAAUUUGAACAA